AUGACCAGCUCCAGCUAUGACCCCGAUGCGCACAGUCUGUGGAUGAGACGCCAAAGAUGCAAUUUAAAGAUUGAUCUUGCCGAAGAGAAAACAGGGGCUAUGAAAACCUAUACUUCGGGGGACCCCAUUGAAGGCGUUGCCAGCAUCACCUGUGAUUGCGAUACGCCGUUUGACGAAAUCCAGAUUGUGCUUGAAGGCCUGUCAAACACAACGCUCGAACGAACACCAUAUCCUGGCCAAACAGGUUGCAGAAAGACCUUUCUUGCUAUGCGCUAUCCAGUCAACCACCCCCAGGUCAGGGUUUUCGAACGAGGUCGCUCGUAUCAGUUUCCGUUCACAUUUAUUUUUCCUGAUCGACUGCUCCCUCAUGUUUGUUAUCAUUCGAUGAGAAGCACUCUAGUACAACAGCAUCAUACUGUGCCUCCUCCAACCUUAGGGGACCAUAUCUUAUCUGGAAGUGCCGAAAGUCAGAGAGAUGAUAUGACACCUGGAAUGUGUCAAAUCUCGUACCAUAUUCGUGUUGCUGUAACCAAAAGGCAAUCAUCAAAUGACCAUGGAUUUCAGCUCGCCACACAAAAAAUCCUCCGCAUUAUUCCAAGUGUGGAAAAUGAUCCAAUCCCCGAGGAAUUUGGUGCCUCGCGUUACUCCAUGCAACUGGAAACAGAAGUGAAGCGAGGUUUGUUCAACGGGAAAUUGGGAAGACUGAUCUUGAGCUCAGCUCUCCCCAAGCCUGUUCAGCUGGAUCCUCUCCAAUGCAUGGCAACAAACGAGGUUAGCACUACGGUGACCGUGAAACUCAGAUUCGACCCUCAGGAUGAUCAAUUACCACCACGACUAGAACGGAUGGACACCAAGUUGAAAGCACAUACGUUCUUUACCGCAGUUCCCUGGUCUGAUUUUCCCCACUUGUCAGAAGACAGAACGUAUCCGAAACACAGCUCCGGUGAUUACACCGAGUCAAUGCGGCUUUCCACUAGGUCUAUCACAUCGGUCCGGUGGGAGAAAUGUUUCGCGGCAGAUCCGAUCUCAAUUGUUCAGGGGCCCGUAGCCCUAACGAACCACGGGUUAUCUUCCAGCAACACUUAUUAUACUACAAGUAUGAUAGUUCCCAUCACUCUUCCACAGUCGAAGGCCUUUCCUCCUACCUUCCAUUCGUGUCUUGUGUCUCGCAUAUAUUCACUCGAUAUCGCACUGUCAUACUGCAAUUCAAAACCUACACUUCUGCCGGCGACUCUUUCGCUGCGAGUUCCUCUUUUGAUUAAGUGUCAGCCGAGAGUUGAGUUCUUACGGAUUCUGCCAAAAGCUACAUCGUUGCAAUCGAUACUGGACGAGCCCCUGGACUCAACUGAGACUUCCCUCCAUACUACGCCUAGGUGUGCCAGUACCACGCAACAAUUCACACAUGCGAAUCGCCGCUCAUUGAAGGGAAAAAGUUUGAACCACAACAGCUGGAAAGAGGGGAGGUAA